CUACGCUACAGACACCGUGCGCUUGGGAUAAUCGCAUUCUACAUUCCCAUACUUGUUGUGCCAUGGGUACUAACAUGUGUACUCGCCUACCACCCGGUGGGCCUGCCGUCGUACAUCCAAACCGAAUUCACAGAGAGCAACAUCUCAACACAGCAACGCAUUGUAAAUGCCCUCGCAGUACUCAACUCUUUCGCCAGCAUCGUCACUAUCCCCCUCAUCUCGGCACUAAUCGCCCAAGCCGCAGUUGUCUACACGCAAAGGCGGCGGAAGAACCAAAUGGUCAGUGUAUCCCAGGUUUUUGCGCUAGCAGACCGUGGAUGGUCGAAUAUCAACAUCCUCUGCGAAGCCUGGCCACCAUGGAGGAGUAACAGGACGGCAAAUGGAGAUGAAUCCCUACGGACCGGGCCCGGUAGUGGGUUCCUUUGGCUCGCUGCGUUGUUCCUUUUACUCUGUGGUAUCCAGCAGCCUAUCCGAGAGGGUUUCGUAUCUACAGGGCAAAUCUUGGUCAUGACUACAGAAGACAACCCUGUGGGUGCACAGAACGGGCCUUUUCACGGAGGAAGAUAUACACUCUUGGGGAUGGACCCAGAGCCAGACGACAUGUCUACCAUACCUGAAGGUGUAGUUGUGCAACAACUCGAGACUUCAUUGGCUUCUCUCUCCUCCAGUGAGGUUCCUACAAAUCUCUGGCCGGAUCUACGGGAUGCAGCUCCUUUUCAACUGCAGGACAUACCUCAGUUGAAGCAAUUAGGCCCUUGGGCACAGCCAGGCCUUGGUUUCUUCGUCGCUGCUUUUCCUAACGGCACAACGACCGGUAUUCUUCGACACCGUGCAAUGCGAUUCAACUCGACGGUCCGGUGUACUGAGAUUGAACAAUCUUCGUUUCCCGCGACUUGCACCGGUGUAAAUCCAUUCACUUCUGGUUUCACCUCUUCCGGUCAGUUCGGAGCGAAUAUCUGCGUCCCAGGUCAACGCGGAAAGUUUCCAUGGCAGCUUUCUCGAAACAGGCAGGACGCUGUUGAAGAAAUUUUUGUGGACGUC